UUAAUCCUUCAAUCUUCUAAUUAGUUGCUAUUGUGACACCUAUGUCCCAGGAAAUGAGAAUUUUUGACUCAUUUUGAUGUUUUGUUCUGAGGAGUGAAUUAACUCGCAUACCAACGAAAGAAGGAAAGAACGGGUAGUGAUUCGAAGUUGCACAAAGCAUUAUAUGACGGAAUUGGAUCCAUCGGCAGGAACGCAGAUCGUACUCGUAUUAUCUACAUCAAAGAACCUUCACUUUCUGCCACCCACCUCUUUGCGCGCACAUUGCCAGCAGAGCAAAGGCGUAUAUAAUUGUCAUCCUCAUCAUUUCAACAGACCCAAUCGAGGACAAAUAAACAAUGGCAGCUCACUAUCGAGACGAUAUUACCAAUGGUAAAGACCAUCCCAACCCCCACGCAUCUGCAAAUCGCUGGCGUCACCAAGAAUCCACCGCAUUUUCUCAACAUGCAGCUUCCACAACUCAGGAAGCGGAUGGAGUACAUGAGAGUCGUGGUUUGGCUAAAUUUCUAAACAAAUCGCGAGUGGAAGGUCAAGGUUCAUCUGGCCCGCAGAAACCAGUUAUGCUAGCUGGGAACGCGCAAGGUGGAGAACUUGAAGCUGCAAGAAGGGAACAAGAAGAAUUAGAACAGAAGGAUGUCAUGAACGGAGUACAAAGGGGAGGAGCUAGGGCAACGGUUAAGUGCGGUCCUUUGCUUAAUUAUAGACGUAUGGAAAAUGAUGUUUGGUUUGGGAGUGUUUUGAUUGUGGUUGAUACACAGACGGUUAGAGAGGAUUCGAUACCGGAGUUGAGAUUGAGGGUUUUGGAGAAUGGCCAGUCUACGCAAGGUGGCAAUGGAACUGGUAUUGCCGCUGGAAAUGGGGAUACGAAUUAUCGUGGUGAAGCGCAUGGAAUCAUUAAUGGCGUGGAUUACUCCCAGAAUCGAAACCCUACACAAUCAUCAAAUGGCAAUAUAUCAAUUAAUGCCGGACAAUCUUAUUCUUCCAGCAAUGCUGAUGAAGUCAAAAUUAGAGGAGUCAAGCUAUAUGCGGAUGUGGCAAACACUUUCUGGAGAUUUUAUCUCCAAGUUCCUAUGCAACAAGAAGAAAUUCGAUGCGAGUACACGAUUCCUGGGCUCACAUUUGCUGAAGGAGAAAAGACGGAUAGACAGAACUUUUUCAUACCAGCGGUUUCGGAGAGUAUGAGGAUAAUGUUUCAUUCUUGUAAUGGGUUUAGUGUGGGCACGGAUACGGAGGCUUAUAGUGGUGCUUGUCUUUGGAGAGAUGUUGCCAGACGACAUGAGGAGGCCCCUUUCCAUGUUAUGUAAGAACUUUAGGGUCUCGAAUGGUAAAUACUAACAUUUGACAGGCUUGGCGGAGGAGAUCAGAUAUACAAUGAUGGCAUUAGAGUCAAUGGGCCUCUAAGACCUUGGAGUGAUAUUGGUAAUCCGAUAAAAAGAAGAGAACAUCCUUUUCCUGAAAAGUUGAGGAGGGACUGUGAUGAUUAUUAUGUCAAGAAUUAUCUUCGCUGGUAAGUCAAUUUUGAAAAUCGUAAACUUUGGCGCCUGACUUGGAAAUGCAGGUAUACGACUGAGCCAUUUGCUUCGAUGAAUGGAAAGAUCCCCCAAGUUAACAUCUGGGAUGAUCAUGACGUGAGUUAUGUUUUUGUGUGACAAGGUUUUGUUGCUAAUUGUCUAAAUAGAUCAUUGAUGGCUUUGGCUCGUACGUCGAUGAAUUUAUGCGUUGUCCAGUUUUCCGUGGUAUUGGUGGUGUUGCUCAUAAAUAUUAUUUACUAUUCCAACACCAUAUCGCACCUCCAGCAUCCACAUUCACAACUGGUUUGUUAUAAUCUAAGGUUUCAGCCUUGUGACUUAACUAAAAUUUCUCAGAUGCGCCUCAGACAAUGUCAGCAAAUGCAGUUGGCCUUGAUCCACGUCAGGUGGAGAACACCUAUGUAUUGGAGAAUGACGUCCCUGAUCCAAGUUAUAUCAUUGGUGAUAGCCCUGGUGUAAGUUAUUUCAGGUCUUAUUGAUGGAUCCGGCUAAUUGUUUUCAGCCAUAUGUAGCAGAACGCUCUCGUAGCAUUUAUGCAAGAUUGGGUGCGAGAAUCGCAUUCUUCGGUAUUGAUGCUAGAACAGAGGUAAGUCGCCAAAUUGAGACCCAAGUACCAUAUUGACUUUUGCUAUAGCGUACACGUCAUCAAGUAAACUAUCCUGCAACAUACAAGAAGAUUUUCGAUCGUCUAAGAGCAGAACUUGCUGCUGCAAAAGCAUCUUCAAAUCCUGUUCAACACCUUAUUGUUUUACUCGGAAUCCCUAUCGCUUAUCCAGUGAGUUUAUCACAAUAACUUAAUAUAUAUAUCAUUGCUAAUACUAGUAGCGUUUGACAUGGUUAGAGAAUAUUUUUUCGAGCCCCUUGAUGGGCCCACUCAAAUUUAUGAACAAGCGAUUUGGGUUUGGUAAGCGAUAUUCUAUACACACCUCAUUCAUAGAACCCCUACUAAGUUUCAUCCAUAGGUGGGAGUUUCUUCAAUAACUUUGACGGUAGUGUUGAUCUCCUUGAUGACCUUGAUGACCAUUACACAGCACACACCCACAAAAGAGAACGACACUACAUCGUCACACAGCUGCAAUCUCUCGCUUCCCAAUUUUCAGUACGCAUCACCAUCCUCGGUGGCGACGUACAUCUCGCGGCAGUUGGUCGUUUCUAUUCAAAUCCCCACUUAAAAAUCCCCGUCUCGAAAGAUUUUAGAUAUAUGGCGAAUAUCAUUUCUUCCGCUAUUGUUAACAAACCACCACCCCAAGCCGUGGCAAAUUUAUUAGCUAGAAGAAAUAAAAUCCAUCAUUUAGAUAAGGAGACAGAUGAAACACUUUUAAGUUUCUUUGACAGAGACCCAGGAGAAGAUAAAAAGAGAGCUAAGAGUAACACGGUUACAAUGCCUAGUCGAAACUGGGCAAUCCUCACAGAGAACUCACCUUCCUCGCCAUCCUCAUCUAACCCAUCCCAUCAAAACACCGACAAUCCAACCACCGAAACAGACCUCCAACCCUAUGAUCUUCCCUCCUCCGAAAUCCCAAAAGAUGGACAUUCUCCCCUUCACCUAGGUGAGAAAGGGGCAGGUACGGCACACAAAUCCGCAAAUCCAAACGAACAUGGGAAAUCGCUCGAUGGUAGUUUGGAUGUGGUUAUUAGGGUGGAGAUGGAUCAGCAUGAUGCAGAUGGAAAGACGAGGGCGUAUGGUAUGUCGGUUCCGGUUUUGAGGUAUGAGGGCGCGCCGCUUUUGGUGGCUGAUGGGAGGAGAAGUUGGAUUGGUAGUAGAGGGAGUUGGGGGAGUAGGGGAGGAGUGCCGGGGUGCGGGCGGAAGUGAGGGGGGUGAGGUGCUUAGGUAGGUUGGUUCACUAGUUGUUGGGUUGUUUGUGGGUUGUGUGAAUGGUUGCGUGAGUGCUUUAGGAGGAUGUGGUAAUGGAUGAAUGCAUGCAUGAUACGUUAUGAGAUGGGAGCAAUCCGUGAGAGGAGAUUGCUAGGCUGGAUUAAUGGUUCUUGUAUGUAUACCUUACCUGGCUGGGUAGGUAAGAUACCUAUGCUAUAAGAUGGGUUGCGCCGCGCCGCGUUGCAUUAAUAAAGGCUGGCUGGUUGGACGGACGAAGUGAAAUAUUUGAUACCAGGGUCGUUUAUUGUUGUUUGUUGUUUUUUCUGUAUUUGUAUUUUUACUUGUACCUGCUAUUACAUUCAUAAAUCAAUCCUUUCCUUUCCUUUC